UUAACUUUAACCUCUAGACUGAAUUCUUAAUUAGGAUGUUGUUUUAUUGGCGCGCAGAUCAAUAGUUCAUAAAUAUUCAUGUGUAGGUCCAACACCUCUAAUAAACAAUUACUUUGUGUACUUCAAUGAGAAAAAUGGCUUCCACUAGAUUCCUAAAUUUUGUUUUAACUGUCUCCAGUAUUAUCGGGUUAGGACUCAGCAUUUAUGCUUUUAUUGUUGAAAUAGCAAUUGAACAUAAUCGCAGUUAUACCCCUAUGUGCGAUAUUAGUGAAACUAUAAGUUGUACAAAGGCUUUUAAAUCACAAUAUGGCAAAGGUAUGGGAUUAUUUGGCGAAAAAUCAAUUUUUAAUAGACCAAAUGCACUUGUUGGAAUGAUAUUUUAUAGUUUAUUAAUAACCUUCGUUCAAAGUAACUCCGCCACCGUAAAUUUAAUUUGUUAUUUUGGUAUAAUUUUGUCCAACAUUUCUUCUUUGUAUUUCGCAUAUAUUCUUUACUUUAAGCUUCACACUUUGUGUAUAGUGUGCGUUUCAACAUACGUUGUUAACUUUAUAAAUCUUAUUUCUGUGUAUUUAAAACACAAAAAACUGAAUGAAACAGAGGGAGAAAAAGAAAAAUCUGAGUAAACAAUGGUUUUAGUUAUGUGCUUUCUCUGUAGCAGUUUUUAGUUUUUAUUUGUAUCGAAAACUAUUUGUGUGCGAUUUUUUUGUAUUGCUAAUAAAAUUUCGAAUAAAUA